UUGCUGCGGAAUACCUGUCAAGUGUUUUGGUUGGACACCAGUCAGAAAAGGAAGAAGAUGCUGGUGCCAAUCUUCACCCUGAAAAUUAACCAUCGUGUGAAUCCACACAUGGUAACAGUGGGUAGAUAUGAUGGGAAACAUACAGCUCUGACAUGUGCCACAGCAGCAGGAAAGGUGUUGAUUCAUAAUCCCCAUGUGAAAUCUCAGAGAGGGGGUCGGGUGGAUUCAACUUCCGACAGCGAUGUCAAUCUUCUCAGUAUUAACCAGCAGGUUUCGUCAAUCUGCGCUGGGAGACUCAAUCCUAAUGCUGCUAACGACAUACUGGCCGUGGGGACACAAACAAACCUCCUGGCCUACGAUAUCGAUAACAACAGUGAUCUUUUCUACAAAGAUACACCAGAUGGAGCUAAUUCCCUGAUUAUUGGAGAACUUGGUGAGAUACAGGGGCCUAUGGUUAUCUUAGGAGGAAACUGCUCCCUGCAAGGAUAUGAUCUGGAGGGAAAUGAAAAUUUCUGGACGGUGACUGGAGAUAAUGUAUGUUCUUUGACCUUAUUGGACUUCACUGGAAAUGGACAGAAUGAGCUGAUAGUUGGGUCAGAGGAUUUUGACAUUCGAGUUUUUAGGGAGGAUGAAAUACUGGCAGAAAUGACAGAAACUGAGGCCAUUACCUGCCUUUGUCCUAUGAAUCACACUCGUUUUGGAUAUGCUCUGGCUAACGGAACAGUUGGUGUCUAUGAUCGUACAUCAAGAUACUGGAGAAUAAAGUCCAAAAAUCAAGCAUACACCAUACACAGUUUUGACCUUGACUCCGAUGGUGUACCAGAAUUAAUCACGGGUUGGAGCAAUGGAAAGAUUGAUGCCAGAAGUGAUAGAACAGGGGAAGUCAUCUUUAAAGAUAAUUUUACCAGUGCAGUUGCAGGCAUUGUUCAGGCUGAUUACAGACUGGAUGGAUCCCAGCAACUGUUGUGUGUGUCCACAGAUGGAGAAGUCAAAGGAUACAAUCCAGCACCAAGAGAAAUGAGAGGCAAUUUAAUGGACUCAAACCUGGAACAAGACACAGUCAGAGAGCUAGGAAUGAGAAAACAGAAUUUGUUGAUGGAGCUGAAAAAUUACGACCAGAAUGAAAAAGCAGGGGUAGUUGCAGCAGCAGCCAUGCAGGGAGCUAUGCAGUCUGGUGCCAAGUUCUCAGCGGAACGGCCAUUCCCCGUGGGGGAGGAGUAUGACAAGGAGAAAAUGGGGGUCAUACCAGCUGCUACCCAGUUACAAACAACUUUAACUGUGAACCCUGGAGAUGACACCAAACCACCACAUGUGGAGCUUUUUAUUGGAACAACAAACGACACCUUGGUUCGAGCUGCUUUGAUAUUUGCAGAGGGAAUCUUUGAAGGAGAAAGCCAUGUUGUACAUCCUCAUCCAAAUGCUUUGUCUAACUGUGUCCGUGUUCCAAUCAUUCCACCUAAAGAUGUUCCAGUGGAUUUACAUAUAAAAGCUUUCAUCGGUUACAAAUCAAGCAUCCAAUUCCAUGUGUUUGAAUUGACCAGACAACUACCAAGGUUUUCAAUGUAUGCUCCAUGCCGAAAAGAUUGCCCAGAGCCCAAGAGCAGUUGUACAUUCCAAGUCAAUGAAAGAAUGCAAAGAGUGCUAUUGUGGGUUAACCAGAGUUUCCUCUUACAAGAUGACAUUGAUGCUGAGGGUGUUCUUAAUGUUGCUUUCAUGUCUCUUAGAGGAUCUGGACCACUGUUUCUUAAAAUGGAAGCACAGGGUUUGAUGACAAUUAAGACAGAGGAUAUGGAUUUAGCAGGAGACAUCAUUCAAUCUCUGUGUCAGUUUUUGAACAUUGAUGACAUGCAGGUCACAGCAGACUUUCCAGAGGAAAUGGAAAAACUAAGGCAGAUCCUGGUUAAAGUUGAUGAAUUCCAUGCAGUAAGACAGAAAUUGACAGCUGAAAUGGCUGACCAUUCCAAUCUGAUAAGAAGUAUGGUUGUCAGAGCAGAAGAUGCCAGACUUAUGGGCGAUAUGAAGAAUAUGAGAAAAGGCUACAUGGAGUUAUACAACAUGAAUAGAGACUUAAUCAAUGGUUAUAAAAUUCGCUGUGGAAAUCAUCAGGAAUUAUUAGCUUGUCUGAAACAGCUGAAUCAAAUGAUACAGAAAGCAGGCAGGCUUAGAGUGGGAAAAUAUAAAACACAGGUGGUAUCAGCAUGCAGAGCAGCAAUCAAGAGUAAUAAUGUCAGUGCUUUGUUCAAAAUUAUCAAGACAGGGGCAUCAUAGAAGUGACAUGAUGUUGUUCAAUGGUUUGAAGCACCUUAAAACUGAAUAAUGGAAUGGAACACCUUAAAUCUCAAUAAAGGACUAGAGCACCCUUAAACCUUAAAAUCAACAGGAACACCUUAAAAUUGAUUAAUGGACAGGAGCACCUUAAAACUGAAUAAAGGAGAUGAGCAAUGCCAUUCAUUGUGAUCCUAACACUCUAUUUGUAAACCAGUCUACUUUGAACUUAAAAGUGAACUCCCCAUUUCUCUCUCACUAUCUGCCAUGUGUAUUAUAUUCAUAUGUCUAUUACAUUUGGUGAAGGUCUCUUACAGGAUAUGAAAGAAAAGUGAUGAAAAUAUUUUCUCAAAGAUUAUCCUUUGUGCAUGUAUUUCUAUUUUUAAUACUACAACAGAGUUGUGGUGAAAUUAAACUACAUGUAUAUAUGUUAGCACAUUCUAAACAGUGAGGAAUUUGUGUAUGAACUAAAGAAAGAAUACAUACCAUGAAAGUAUUCAGUAACUAAUGAUACAAAGUUUACCAAUGAUAUGGUGUAUUUAUUUAAUGACUUUUCAUCCAUCCAUUAAUGAUGAAUUUGUACAGACAUGUACAUAUAUAUAUAAGUUAAUAUAAGAAAGUGUAUAAUUUGAAAAUACACAUAGCAUAAUUUGAUAGCAUCUAUAAGGAACUGAAGUUAUUUGUGUCAUGAGUGGACCUUGUAUCAUUAUCGGUUAAUAUAGUGCUUGAUUUAUGAUAAAGUACAUCUUAUACCUACAGGUGAUCUUGUCUUUACUCAUCACCUAUUGAUGCUUGGAAGAUAAGUUCACCAGUGGGUAUCCAACCUUGGAAAAAGUAAUAGCAUUAAUGGAUCCAAAUAUUUAAUAUCACUAAAGUUACAUAAAAUAGGUGAAUUUUGAUUCAUUAGUGAUAAUGUACAACUGGAAAAUGUACCGUAUAGAUUUUUAUUCUUACAUGUGUGAUCUGAUUUUUUCAUUUAUUUAUUGUAAGUUUCAUUUUUGUUUUUACUAUGUCUACUGAUUUAUAUACAUAAUCCGUCCUUAAUAUUGUGCUCUUUUUUUUUUACUGUCAAGAUAAAAAGAAAAUGUUUUAUAUUA